AUGACCCCCAUGGACGCUCCCCCCGAGGGCAUCGACCCCUCGCACGUCCGCACCACGCUCGGACCCCGCCGCAACUCAUGCGAAGCCCACCCCGGCCUGAUCCAGAGCACGCAUCUGGCCCCGCUCAACGAGGGUCUCAUGGUUGACGACUCGCCGAAACGCGGCAUCGACCCCGCACACGUUGUGCACACGCGUGAACGCCGCAAUUCUUGUGAAGCCCGCCCGGGGCUGAUUCAGAGCACGCAUCUGGCGCCGCUGAACGAGUGUCUAGUGGCCAAGGAUGAUGAAAACAUGCCCAAGGCCAGAAUGCACAAGUAG